CGCCGCUGCUGCCUGCGAGCGGGGAGCGGAGCGGACGGAGCCAACAUGGCGGCGCCGAGCCUGGGCCGGCCCUGAGGGGAGGCCGCGACCGGGAGGCUGCGGCUCCCUCCGCCCGGGCAGCCCCACGGCGUCAGCGCGGCAGGCACACCGCAGCGGAGUCCAAGCCGCCGGGCAUGGCGGAGGCGGAGUGAGGGAGGCUUAGCGGUCCUUGUGGGUGUGGGACGGGCCCAGGCCAUCCCCUCCCCAGCCCUUCAGCCCGGCCCGGUACCGGGCAGCAACAGCGCGGGAGAGGCACUGGGGACCCGGGGAUGGGGGCCUAGGGGGGCUGCCGAGCUGUAGCCCCUGCUUUCCUCGGCAGGCCCGCGGAGUUCCCCCUGCUCGGCCUGCCUGCCCCUCGCCUUCUUCCCCUUCUCCGUUCGCGGGGCCUUAGGAGGCCUGCGCUGGGCUGCGGCAGCCACCGGUGACACGGAGGGGAGAGCCGAGCCGGGGUUAAGGCAGCGAGGCUUGGGCCCCUUCAGCUCCCCCCGUGGGGAUCCCUUGGUGCUGGACUUUGGGGCAGCUUUAAAACUGAGCCUUAAGGAGUGAGCCUUGGUCUGGGGUGUUCAGUGCACGCGUGGAGGCUGAGCUCCAGCGCAGCGGUUGUGAGUGGGGGCACAGGGAGGAGCAAUGGGCCAGGGUUAGAGGCCUAACCCGGCCCCAGCCGCUGUCCUGAGCUCCAGUUCGUGCUGGAGCUGUAGAGCUGUUAAGGUGCUGGCACUGGUGAGGACGCUGGGAUCAGCUGCACGCAGUGGAGUGGCUCCUUGGGAUGGAGGCUUUGGGAAAGGAAUGAGCUACAGAGUGCAGGGAGAGCCCCGGACCUUCCUCUCCUCCCCAUGUCAGUAAGUUACUAAAUACGGAGAUAAUUUAGAACGAGACAGGUUUGGGGAUAGAACUCAGUCGGUGCCUGCGAAGUCAGCCCAGCUGCGAUCCCAGCCCGGAGUUUGGCUGCUGAGCUCCCGCAGCCGGACCUGCGCCGCUGGAGGAGCUGCCCUCGUUUUUCGUGGGUGGUUUCUGGAAGAGCCCAGGAGAAAAAGCCAGAAGACAGCUCCCGAGGGCUGCGGGGGGUCGGCGGGACCCGAAGAGCUCCCGGCCAAGGCUGCCGGCGGCGAUGGCCACCUUCAAGCGGCGGCGAGCCCAGGCGUGGCCGGAGGAGGGCGGGGAGGGCGAGCACGGCCUGUACAGCCUGCACCGCAUGUUCGAGAUCGUGGGCACCCACCUGACGCACCGCGACGUGCGGGUCCUCUCCUUCCUCUUCGUCGACGUCAUCGACGACUACGAGCGGGGCAUGAUCCGCAGCGGCAGAGACUUCCUGCUGGCGCUGGAGCGGCAGGGCAGGUGCGACGAGAGCAACCUCCGGCAGGUGCUGCAGCUGCUGCGCAUCAUCACCCGCCACGACCUGCUGCCCUACGUCACCCUCAAGAGGAGGAGGGCAGUGUGCCCAGACCUGGUGGACAAGUACCUGGAGGAGACCUCAAUCCGCUAUGUGACCCCGCGGGCUGCUGGGGACACGGAGCAUGGCCUGGGUCACCCCCACAAAUCAGUGCCUCCCCACCACCACCCUGUGGUUUGCUGCUCCCAUGCCGGCCCCCAGCUGUGCCCCAAGCGGGCAGGGCGCGGGCGGAGCCUCCUGGGCAGCCACCGCAAGAGGAGGAAGUCUGCGACCCCAGACCCGAAGGAGAAGCAAACCUGCGACAUCCGCCUGCGGGUGCGAGCCGAGUACUGCCAGCACGAGACGGCUCUGCAGGGCAAUGUCUUCUCCAACAAGCAGGACCCUCUGGAGCGCCAGUUCGAGCGCUUCAACCAGGCCAACACCAUCCUCAAGUCCCGGGAUCUGGGCUCCAUCAUCUGCGACAUCAAGUUCUCAGAGCUCACCUACCUCGACGCCUUCUGGCGCGACUACAUCAACGGCUCCCUCCUGGAAGCCCUCAAAGGUGUCUUCAUCACGGACUCGCUGAAGCAGGCGGUGGGGCACGAGGCCAUCAAACUGCUGGUCAAUGUGGACGAGGAGGAUUACGAGGUUGGGAGGCAGAAACUGCUGAGGAACUUGAUGCUGCAGACUGCUCCUUGAGGUCUUGCCCACCCGGCACACAUUGGGGUGGGGAGGAGGGGGUGAGGUUGGGCUCCUGGAAGGGGCUGGAGUCAGCCUUGGCUCUCAGAGCCUUUCUGCAACUUCACAGGGGUCAAGCUUGGGCUCCUCAAGUCACUUUGGAAGAGGACAAGUUUGGGCUCCUAAAGUGCUUGGGAAGGGAUCAAGCUUGGCUCUGAUUUCUGCAACCUUGGAGGGGCCAAGCUUGGGCUCCUCAAGGGACUCGGGGACAAGUUUGGGCUCCUCAAGAUGCCUGGGAAGGGGCAAGUUGGGCUCCUCAAGCAACUUGGGAUCAGCCUUUGCUCUUUGAUUUCUGUACCCUUGGAUGGGUCAAGUUUGGGACCCUCAAGCAGCUUGUGAAGGAGUCAAGACUGGGCUCCUCAGGGGACUUAGGAAGGGGACAGAUUUGGGCUCCUCAGGGUGCUUGGGAAGGGAUCAACAUUGACUCUCUGGGGGUCAAGCUUGGGUCCCUCAAGCAUUUUGUGAAGGGGUCAACCUUGGCUUGAUGAUUCCUACAACCUCAGAGGGGUUAAGUUUGGGCUCCUCAAGCAACUUCUGAAGGGGGCAAACUUGGUUCCUUGAUGGCUUAUGCCAGCUUGGAGGGGUCAACUUUGGGCUCCUCAGGGGACUCGGGAACGGGGCAAGAUUGGGCUCCUCAAGCAGCUUGGGAACGGCUCAAGUUUGGGCUCCUCAAGGGACUCCUUGAGGGUUUCCAUCACCUUGGAAGGGACAACUUUGGUUCCUCAACCACCAUGAAGGGUUCAACCUUGGAUCCUUGAUUGUUUCCAUCACCUUGGAAGGGCCAGCUCUGGCUCCUCAGCCACCUUAGAAGGCUCAACCUUGACCCCUUGAAGGUUCUCCACCGCCCUGAGGCCGCUUUGGUUCUUCUCCUUUCUCUUGUUGAGCUUUUCCUGGACUUUGGGGUUUUUUUAUCCUUUUUUCACCUGUUUUGGGGGGCUUUAUUUUGGGUCAUUUUAAAGCUGGAGGGGACACCUCCAACCGCUGCAGCCUUGAGGAGCACCUUCACGAUGUCCCCAGAUGUCCUUCUGCCCUCCUGUCCUCUUCCUCCCCUUCAGCCUCUCCUGGGCUUGGGUUUUCCUCUGUCCCAGUUUUGGUUUCUUUUGUAUCCAUUAAAAAGAGCUACAGAAAAA